AUGGAACCGUUUAAGAUAAAGGUAGUGGAACCUCUACCAAAGGUCACACGAGAAGAGCGUGUUAGGCAUCUCACGGCAGCUGGGUUUGAGCCGUUCUGUCUCCAGGCUCGUCACGUGAUCAUGGACCUGUGUACAGAUUCCGGGACAUGCGCAAUGAGCCAGAACCAGUGGGCAGCCAUGAUGGGAGCUGACGAAAGUUACAAAAACUCAACCAGCUUUGAACGGUUUAAGAAGUCCGUACAGACUAUCACGAGGUUCCGAUACGUGAUACCAGUCCAUCAAGGCAGGGCCGCGGAGUCCCUUCUCUUCCGUUUAGUCUUAAAGGCGGGUUCCGUGGUGGCGAGUAACGGCUUGUUCUUCACCACGGAACACAACAUAACACGACAGGGUGGGAAAUGCAUCGAGAUACCUUGCAAAGAGUCACGUGAAAACAAAUUCGGUGGCAACAUUGACUGUGAACAACUCAACAACAUUCUUGAUGACGUAACCAUCGUCGUCAUCACAGUGACGAACAACGAGCGCGCUGGGCAGCCUGUUUCCAUGGGCAAUUUAAAGCGCCUGCAGCAGCUAUGUUCUUCAAGAGGUAUACCCGUGUUCAUGGAUGGAUGUCGGUUUGCUGAGAAUGCAUUCUUCAUUAAGGAAAGUGAACCAGGGCUUCAAAAUAAACCAAUACCGGAAAUCGUCGCUGAGAUGUUUUCUUGUGUUAAUGGUUGUUUCGUUUCGGCAAAGAAGGAUGGAUUGGCAAAUACGGGGGGGUUCUUUGCAACGGACGACAAGGCGCUAUUUGAUAAAUUCACGUACGAGAUGCUGUGGUCAGAAGGGUCUCCCGAGUACGGUGGUCUUGCCGGAAGAGACCUUGACGCCAUUGCUGUUGGCCUGCAAGAGGUCAUUGACGAGGACUACUUGCGUUACAGAGUAGCUAUCACGCGAGAGUUCGGCGAGAUUUUGAAGAGAGCAAAUGUUCCUAUUAUUGAACCUGUUGGGUGUGCUGUACAUGUAGAUGCAGAGAAAGCCUUAUCGCACAUCUCACCUGCCGAUUACCCAGCAAGAGCUCUCAACUGCGCUUUAUACGUCGAGGGCGGCGUUAAAGGUGUACACUACAGCUAUAAACAGGGAACUACUUUGGCGGAAGGGUUGCAGAAACGGGAAGUGUUACGACUCUCACUCCCGCGAAGGGUUUACACACUUUCCCACCUACUGUACGUCUGUGAAGUUUUCAAGCGGGUUUUACAGAAGGCUGAUAGUAUCUCUGGACUGAAGCGAUUUUCUCAGAAAAUAAACUACUCAGGUGCUCCGAUGGUGCCAAUACUUGGGUCUGUUUUCGCUUCAGACACUGUUGGUGCAGGUGCAGACAUUGAGGACUAG